AUGUUUCUUCCUUCUUCUUUGCUGGAAUGGGAUCGUUGCUUUUCUUGUGGCAGCAUUAAUAAGCGUAAAAGAAUCAAAAGUUGUUCAAAUUGUCAACGGUCUUUUCAUUUAUCUUGUCUACAAGAUAGUGUGAUCCAUCAACAUAAUGAACCAACCCAAAGAGAUGCCAGUGAAGUUUUGAGGGCAACCUCACUCCUUAGGCAAUUCCGGAAGGUGCCUUUAAAAAUCCAUAAAUCUGUCAGAAUCCCGGCAGCUGAUGCCUUGGCUACUGCCAUAGACCAGGCACUUAACAUGAACAGCUCGCUUGAAGGGGAUCACCUUUUCUUUUUCGCAACACUUAUGCUCGGCAUUUCUUACAAUAAGGACCCUACAUCAUGUGUCUCACCUAUUAUGAAAAAUAACAUUUCUUUAUUCAAUUCGUCUAAAAUAAAUGCCACCGAAUUUUCUAAUCUUUCUAAUCAUAAUAGAUUUCAUCCUUCAUCUACAGUCGACGAUUCUAAGAGACUCCGUGCCCUCAUCAAUGCUAAGUUGAUCGAGGGUGAUGUCUCAGCUGCAGUUAGAGUAUUGGCCUCAUCCGAUACUAUACUAUCUACUACACCAGAACUUCUCACAGCUCUCCGUCGAAAUCAUCCUGAACCAUCAUCAGAUGUCAGAUUUGUUCAGAUGGAAAAAAAAUGA